AGCUGUCUCUCAAGCCGAAUACAACAACAAACAUGGCCGACCUGUCAUCUGAUCAAGUUAGUUCGGUGGAUAAAUUUUUUAAAGAAAGAUUAAAGUCAUGUCACGUCAGUCCGAAAGGCAUGAUCACUGGAUACGUCGAAUCAAAAGAGAUAUACGACGAGCUUAUGCGAGACCUCACAGUCCUGGGUUGUCGGUACUCAGUGCGGUCGACCAACUCCCGAAAAACAGAGCCAGCGAAUUUGCAGUACAAAAUAGUGGCAUCUGAUUUGCAAAUCCCUUUCACUGGCUCUCCCUUUCAUGUUGAUGCCACAACGUACUUUUUGUGCACUCAUGGAUUUCGGUAUUUCAAGAGUAAAGUCUCCAAUGAAAAUGAUAACGAGGAUGAAAAUAUUUUGAGUUCUACAAAAAAGCGACACAGGCGAGUGAAUGAUUCAAUUAAACUGGGUUGCCCAGCUAAAAUGUUAGUCAAAUGUAUACGAACGUAUCCUGACUAUAAGACAACAUCAGACUCUUGGCGGCGCAAAUGUGAUUUGUUGAAGAGACUGAAAGCAGAUUUAAAAUCUUCUGCACCACCUCGAUUUGAGCUAAACUUCUGGAUUGCAGUUUCACCAGAGGAUGUUCACAAUCAUGAAAGACAUACAACACUCCGAACACUUCCUCUUCUUCCAGAUUUAAUAGCUGAGAUUCACAAUGUAGUGCGAAAGGGAGUAACCUCAGUACCUGUAGUGAAAUCACAUCUCAUCACAUUUGUUGACAAUAUGUUUCAAAAGUCUAGUGUUCACCCAGAUAGUUUCAAUUCUGCAUUUUAUCCCAAUGACAAAUGUGUCUACAAUCACAUUCAUGAAGCAAAGAUAGCUUUGGCCAAACUUCAAGGAAGUACAUCUGGAAAUAAUCAUGUAAUAUGUGCUACGCCAAGCUUACCAUGCACAGAUGCCACUACACCAAAACAGGAACAUCAGAUAACUGAGAAAUGUGAUUCUGAUAUGGCUGUCGUGCCUGUCUUGGAUACAUUCACUUCAGAUUGGGAAGAUCAACCAGUGUUACCGACUAAUUUUGUUCAGGUCUUGAACAACAAUGGAACACUAAUGCUAAUGGUGACUCAACCUCUAAGUGAUGAUGUAACUGGAGGAGUAGAACAUUCAAACAUUGAAGCACCAACUAAUAUUGUCAAUGUCAAUCUUGAUGACAAUAUUUACACAGUUAUAACAGACGCGUCAGAGCAGCGAAUUUUACAGCUGAACAGUAAUUCAAAUAUUUUAAUGGCUCAACAGUGUACUAAUAAUGAACAAAUUGAGGAAGUUUUAUCUUUACAAAAUAAUAAUGAAAGUGUGGUGUUGGAUUCUGAUAAAAACAGUGUUGUUAGUGGUGUUAUUAUGCAGUCAGGCAGUCCUGACAUUGUUGAUAGGGAUGGUGAUGAGACUUCAUGCCAUGAAGAUCCAAACCAAUUCUUGUUUGUCGGGGAUGAUUCACAGGCAGAACUUCUAGAACAAGUAAAAGACGGAGAUAAAGAAUUUAGUGAUUUGUGCACGCUGCCUCCAACGCAGUCAUCAAAAGAUGAUGAUAUUAGUCUCUUUCCAACUGCUCUUAGCAGUGAAGAUUGUGGAAAAAAUCUAGAGAGCAUUUACAGCCUAAGUAUUGAUAAGGAUAUGAUGAAAAAAUCUCAGGGCACUAAAAGAACUAGGAAGCAGUUAGAAAUUGAUGUAGAAAGCUUUGUACAGGAAAAUCCAGAGGAUAUAGAUGAUUUUCCUUCUCGAAAAAUUCUUAGAGAACAUGCUGAAGAUAUCAUCAAUAUGAGUUACAGUUCUACAAAUGUCAUGCUGCUUGAAGAAAUGGUCAGCGUUUUUGAAAAAUAUAGAAGAUGUAUGCAUGCUGAGUUAGAGAUGAAGAAAAAGAUGACUAUGGAAGAUGAUUUGUCAAGGCUCCCCUUAGCUGAAAAACCAAGGUGGAAAACUGAAUCAAAAACUCUUGGCUUUUCGGAUAAGAGUUUCUUUGAUACAGAAGAUCAAAAGAAUUUGAAUGAUUGUGAAAAUAACAGUGUUUUAAAGCUCAGAAAUUGUGGGAAUACAAUUUUUUCAUCCUCUGAAAGCUCAGUUGAUGAAUAUGAUGAUUUGGUAAUAAAUGAUUGAGGCAACUUAUGACUUCAACAUAAGUAAUACUAUUUAUAUCAAUCGUGUUAAUUAAACAAAAGGAUAUUACAUAUUCUUUGGUUGUGUGAGCAAUCAUCUAGUUUGGUCAUAUAUAUUCAUAUAUAUAUUCAUAUGUCUAUUCAUAUAUAUUCAUAUAUAUAUUCAUUUAUUUUUCAAUUUUGCACUGCCAUGUUAUGAUUUGAAAAAAGAAACAACAAGAAAACUGUUUGAUUUGCUCAAUGUCUGUAUUUGGUGUCUUUGAUCGGGAGUAUUGUAGCAAUCAAAGUAAAAAUGUAGUCAUCUUCACUGAAUAGUGAAGUGUACUGUAACAAUUUUAAUUCUAGAUGACAAUUGACCUGUGAUAGCCGCCAUGAAUAUGUGUUCAUGUAAUAGUAUAGAAGUAGAUUAAGUGUUCUCUUUCAUCUAAUCUCAACCCUGCACAAUGCCAAAUAACUAUUAAGUAUUGUUCCUGUUUUUCUUUAGUGUAUACAAAUGUUCGUAUGUGCACAAAAAUGUUUCUUUAGGAUGUAUGCACAUUCUUUUUUUGUUUAUUUUGACUGAAAUCUGAGAGAAAUACAAUAGCAUAUUUCAAAAGUAUUAGAGUAAUGUGGAUUUUGUACUAGUACUAUACUAUGCUGCUUUGUAAAUCGUCUCACUACUCCUUAGUCCAUUUUUAGUCACUUAGGAGUUUAUUUUGAAAUAUCUGCCUUGUUUUUACCCCAUUUUCUACAGUACCUGUAUGUUCAAACAAUCUCGAAGUCUUUAUUACUGUAUUUUAGUCAUAUCCUGUGAUAGAUUGUAUAUUUCCAAAUAUUUCUCGUGUUGAUUAAAAGGCGGAGGAGAACGUUAAUGAAA